GAGGCGGCAGCCAUGGAUCCCCAACAGCACGCCGUCCUCUCGGUCGGGUACGCCGCGAUGUCGGCGCGCGGUCGCGUCCGGUCCUCGCUCGCGAAUGAGGACGUUGGCACGACCCUCGGCAUGAUGAACACGGACCACGCGAGAAGCGUCGGGAGGAUCCCUGGUCCCUACGACAUGACCGGGAACGGGGCCGCGUCCGCGGGCGCGCGCCUCUCGUUCACCUUCGCGCUGCGAGGUCCGUGCGUCGCGAUGGACACGGCUUGCUCUUCGAGUCUCGUCGCCACGCACGUCGCGUGCCGGCUCAUCGAACACGACGAGUGCGACGACGCGCUCUCCGUGGGCACGAACCUGAUCCUGACUUGGACGGGAGCCUUCGCGACGUUCGCUGUCGCCGGCAUGCUGUCGACGGGAGGGCGAUGCCACACGUUCGACGCACGCGCAGACGGCUACCAGCGCGGCGAAGGCACCGUCGCUCUAUGGAAUACGUCGGAAGCAGCCACGCUGACCCACGUCGGCUCGUCGAUCCUCCACAACGGGCAGAGCGCGACCGCGCGCGUCGACGGGAUCGCCGUGCAGCAGGACGGCCCGAGCGCGUCGCUCACGGCACCGAACGGGACGUCGCAGCAGCGGCUCCUGGUGGCGAUCUCCUGGGCGUCGGCUCGAGCCGUAGCGCUGGAGGCGCACGGCACGGGCACGGCGCUCGGCGAUCCG